AUGGCAGCAAGUGUGGUGUCGUUUCAGAACGUCAAGAAUGAAAAUGCCACUUUGAAAAAGAGCCUGGAACUGCUGUUGACAAAGCAUCAAAGUAUUGAGGAAGAAGGAGAGAAGGAGGAGAGGGGAGAGAGGGGAGUCCAAGGUUCUGAGUCCUCAAGAGGAGAAGGGGAGGGUACUGCCCGGAGAGGGUUGGYCAGUGAGAGGGGAGCCAACAUCAURAGAACCCAAAGAGAAGCUGGAGUUGGGGCAGAGCUGCUCCAUCCUGAAGAGAGAGAGGUGCAAGUAGACGAUCAGGUGCUGAAACCCAAAAAGAGAGAAGAAGAAGCAGAAUGUGAGAAGAUAGAGAGAGAGAUAKAACAUGUUACAAAUGAGAAGGAAGAAGAUCUUGGGAAGGCAGAUAUUGACCGGAAAGAGAUACAAGACCCCAGCCCAGCCACUGAAGAAGAGAAACUGCCAAAAACAAAGGAYAGAGAAGAGAAAGAAAAGUCAGUGGAACUCAGUGAAAAAGACGUGUGUGUGUUCCCUGUGCCAGACGUGGAGCGRCUGGCCUCUGAGCUCCAGCAGGCCRUGGAGGAGGCUGACAAGCAGGUGUCUGUAGCCCAGGAUCUGCGCUCCAAGCUGGGGGAGCAYAGCAGGAAAGCCUGGGAGGCUGAGCAGAGACUGGUGCUACUGGAGGCCGAGGGCCAGAGACUGAGGAAGGCUACAGAGAGCCUGGCGGAGGCUAGGAGACAGAUAGAGGUGCUGCAGGCGGAGCGCCUGCAGAUGGAGGAGGAGCUAUGUCGUCUGCGGAGCCAGGCUGAGCUGCAGCGGAUGCAGGCCUCGGUCAUCGCUACUCUGGAGGGGGAGCGAGCCACGCUGGAGAGAGAGAGAGAGACCCUCCGUAGCUCUGUGGACACCCUACGCACUGCCCAACGCAAGGGUGACCAAUUGGAGCUGAUGACCCAAGCCCUGAGGGCGGAGCUAGAGCGCCAGGGGAGGAGUCUAGAAUCCUCACGGCGCAAUGAGGAGGAGCUAGAGGCGGAGCUUCGCGAGGUAGCACUAGAGGUGGAGUCUCUGACCCGGGGGCGGGACCAGGCUCUGCUGGAGGCCUUGCGAUUGGAGCAGGAGAAGGAGGCGUGUCAGGGAGAGCUGGACAGCCAACGAAAGGAGCAGAGGCAGAGGGAGAAGGGAGGCGCCAGGCUGAGGCAGCAGCUACAGAGUACAGCAUCAGCCUUGGAACACAGCAACCAGAGGGCCUGCAGUCUGGAGACAACACAGCAUGUGUGUCACGGAAGCGUCUCAACCAAGGAGCUCGUGCUUCAUCUACAGGACCUGAGCAGGAGCAGCUCAGAGCUAGCCAAUGAGAAGGUGCAGUCCCAAGAACUGUCCAAUGAGGCUGCACGGCUGAAGCAGGAGUUGGAGAGGGCAGAGGUCGAACUGAAGACAGUUACCGCUGACCUUCUUUCAGAGAAGCGGGAGAGAGAUGCCGUUCCUGCUAAUUUCCCACCAGAAAGCCCUGCUAACACACAGCAGGCUACAUCCUCAGACACACUCACARUAGAGCACCCAGAGGCUAAAGAUGCCCAARCAAAGGAGGGCCAUGACCUCCCUACGACCCCAAAAGCUAGAGUAGAGAAGAUGGACUGGUCUCUGAGUGAACGACUGAUAGACCUGGAGAGAGAGAAUGCAGCGGUGGGUGCGGAGCGGGAGGUGUUGCUWUCCCAGCUGUCUCAGUCCCAGUCAGCCMGUAGCCACCUGAGGGAGCAGAUAGACACCCUGCAACAUCACUCUAUCAYCCUGCAGGAGACCUGCACCAAGCUGCAGGCACUCAACACUCAGCUACAGGUGGACCAGGCGGCCCUGAGCUUCCAGCAUGCAGCAGUGUUGGCGAGGUGCAACGAGAGCGAGGCCAGGUGUGCUGCUCUGGAGGCGGAGUCUAAGGUGUGGGCCAGGGAGCAUGAGGAGUCAUUGGCCAGGACGGAGGGGCUGAGGAGGGACCAGGAGCGAAUGACAAUGUUGCAGCAGAGACAGGAGGCGGAGCUAGAGGAGCUGCUGGAUAGCAGGCCCGAGGAGGCUGACAAGCAGGUGUCUGUACCCAGGAUCUGCGCUCCAAGCUGGGAGCAGAGCGGAAAAAGCCUGAGGCUGAGCAGGACUGGUGCUACUGGAGCCGAGGCCAGAGACGAGGAAGGUGCUGCAGGCGGAGCGCCUGCAGAUGAGGAGGAGCUAUGUCGUCUGCGGAGCCAGGCUGAGCUGCAGCGGAUGCAGGCCUCGGUCAUCGCUACUCUGGAGGGGGAGCGAGCCACGCUGGAGAGAGAGAGAGAGACCCUCCGUAGCUCUGUGACACCCUACGCACUGCCCAACGCAAGGCAUGUGUGUCAGGAGCUUGUCUCAAUCCAAGGAGCUCUGUGCUCACUACAAGGACCUGGAGCAGGAGCUCGGUACUCGGCUACAGGGUCUGAGAAGGAGAGCCAGGAGCUUAAAGAGCUGAACACAGAAGCCCAGGAAAAUCAGAUCUCUGAAUCAGGUGAGCUAGCCAAUGAGAAGGUGCAGUCUCAAAAACUGUCCAAUGAGGCUGCACUGCUGAAGCAGGAGUUGGAGAGGGCAGAGGCUGAACUGAAGACAGUGGACCAGGCGGCCCUGAGCUUCCAGCAUGCAGCAGUGUUGGCGAGGUGCAACGAGAGCGAGGCCAGGUGUGCUGCUCUGGAGGCGGAGUCUAAGGUGUGGGCCAGGGAGCAUGAGGAGUCAUUGGCCAGGACGGAGGGGCUGAGGAGGGACCAGGAGCGAAUGACAAUGUAUCAGGAGCUCCUGGUCAAAUCCCAUCUGGAGGAGAAAGAAACAGAGAUGAAGAUGGAAAGAGAGAAGAUGGGGAGAGGUACAGAAGAAAGCGAGAGAGAAAGAGAACUAGAGAGACUGAAAGAGGAUUAUGAGAGGCUGCAGGGCGUGCAGAGGGAGUCAGCUCAGGUACAGAGUGAGCUGCUGGCUCAGGGCUCGAUGCUGCGGGGUGAGCUGAGUGCUGCACAGCUGGAGAGGACCAGGCUGGAGGGAGAGAUCAGCUCUCUGAGGGAGAACAACCAGAGACUGGAGCUCAGCACUGACCGCCUCACCAACCAGUACCAGCUGCUGACCCAGCUGAAGGGGAACAUGGAGGAGGAGAACCGUCACCUGUUGGAGCAGAACCAGAGUCUGACCAAUCACAACAGAGACCUGAUGGAGCAGAGCCUGGAGCGCAAGGACCAGCACCACUCACAGCAGAGAGAGUACCAGGAGAAGAUGGGUGAGCUGCGUAGAGAGAAACAGAAGCUGGUGGAGAAGAUCAUGGACCAGUACAGAGUCCUGGACCCCAGCAUGCCUACACCCAGCAAGGCCAAGAAGUCCAACUGGAUAGCAGACAGGAUGAAGAAGCUGAUUAAGCCUAAAGGAGGAGGAGUAGGGAGAGAGGGACGUGCUCUGUUCUACGCUGUUGGCAGUAUAGAGAACCUGGCUGACAGUGCAGACUACCCACCAGACACACAGACUGCUGCUGGUUCUGAACCCCGCAGUGCCCCGUCUCCCCCUCCCCCUGCGACAUGCCCCCUCCCUGGGUGA